UCUCCCUCUUCCUCCGUUCGCUGUCUCUGACGAGCCAUCCGAUCAGAUUCGAGAUGUCUCCUCCUCGGUCCAAGGCGAUCGCGUCGGCGGCCGGCAUGCUGCGGGGCCGGAUGAGGGCAGCGUUGCGCACGAGGGGCGGCGACAGCGGCGAGGGGGCGGGGCGGUGGACGAGCCCGGGGACGCAGGAGCGGCCGAACGGGUACCUCUUCAACCGGACGCCGCCGCCGCCGGGGGAGUCGCGGAAGUGGGAGGACUGGGAGCUCCCCUGCUACAUCACCUCCUUCCUCACCAUUGUCAUUCUCGGCGUCGGCCUCAACGCCAAGCCCGAUCUCACCCUCGAGACCUGGGCCCAUCAGAAGGCCCUCGAGCGUCUCCAGCAGCAGCAGGAGGUCGCCUCCGAUGAGUAAUCGCCCAGUGGAUCGCCUUUCCCGCUUGGUCCCCGGUAAAAGUUUCGCCUUCUGUCUUUUUUCUCUCUUUCUUUUGUGAUGAUGGGAGCAGUGGGCAUUUAGGGUUAAUAAGAUCAUCGGUUGUGGAAUUUGAUAGUGGGAUUCGGAUGGAAUCCUAAACUCUCUGUACUUUGACAAAAUUGUGCUUUUUCUUUGUUCAUAAUUUAAGAUCUUUAUAUCUGUCUCUGAUUUUAGGGAUUAAAAAUGGAUGAAUUUGAUGGUUGUUUUUGGA